AUGGGGUGGGUCGGAGAGCAGAUCGAUUCCAUCAAAUCCAUGAACUUCAGACAAGCUCUCACUCAAGCCAUCAGCCUUGGUAUGAUCGUUACAUCAGCACUUAUAAUAUGGAAAGGAUUAAUGUGUAUCACUGGUAGUGAAUCGCCUGUAGUUGUUGUGCUUUCUGGAAGUAUGGAGCCUGGUUUUAAAAGGGGUGACAUCUUGUUCUUGCACAUGAAUAAGGACCCUAUUCGCGCCGGAGAAAUUGUUGUGUUCAACGUUGAUGGACGUGAAAUUCCUAUUGUCCACCGUGUUAUAAAGGUUCAUGAGCGCCAAGAAAGCGGGGAUGUUGAUGUCCUGACAAAAGGGGAUAAUAAUUUUGGGGACGACAGACUUCUGUAUGCUAACGGCCAGCUCUGGCUGCAUAGACACCAUAUUAUGGGGCGAGCUGUUGGAUUCUUGCCAUACGUAGGUUGGGUGACAAUUAUCAUGACUGAAAAGCCUAUCAUCAAGUAUAUACUGAUUGGAGCUUUGGGAUUGCUGGUGAUUACAUCAAAAGAAUAG